AUGAAAAGAGGAUCUUCAGAGCGAGAUAUAAAAAAAAGAUCAUAUGAGCUAACUCUUCCUAAUUAUUGAUCGAACUGCCCGUUGAGAUUUUGUCAAUAUAAUUUAUGCACCAUAAUAGAUCACUAUGCCAAGCAGAAAACCAACCAGCAAAAAUAUUGUCCAAGACGCUUUCUUUAUGCUGUUAAAUCUGAUUAGGCAUCUUAAAACCCAAACGGAGAUUUAUCAUUUUUGCUUUAAUUUUCGAAAAAAACUUAAUUUUAAUAAUUAAAAUGGAUGAUCAUUAAUUAUCUAAAAUAAAGAGGGGACAGAGUAAGUAAAAUAAUUGAAUCUACUUCUAUAAGCCCAUUUAACCAAUACAUCAGUCCACAAAACCAAAGGUCCUUUAGCAACCAUUUUUCCAGAGUCAGCAGUAAAAACAAUCACGAAGCUGGGUCUUUUGCUACUAUCCGAGACUCCUGCAAAAAUGAAAAAAAGUUCGACCUCCGAAAAGUAAGAGAAGCCAAAAUCCACCGUUUUAACACAAAUUUAGAUAAAAAAUUCGAGUUUAAAGAAAAGAUCCUAAAAAUCGACAUUGACGCUGACGCAAUCCCUACACAAAGGCUCAGCCCCUGCAGAGCUUCAUUAUUUCCUAAAGAUCCCCUUACAAAAGAACUAUAUGAGCAUAAAAUAAUGCUGAGUGCAUAUCAAAAACUCAGUGAAACUCCACAAAAGAAAAUUGAUAACAAAAGGCCAACAACCACAUCUCCUUCACAUAAAAGAAGGUCAAUUCUUGAUCGAGAAGCAUCAGGAUUUCAAUACAAAAAAUUAUUAUCCAGGCUUAGCCUUGAUCGAUCCAAGGAGAAAAACGAAAUCGCUAUAGAAGAUGACGAUUUCUUACGAAAAACGUUGAAAAAGCAUGAAGAACAAGUCAUAAGAUCAGAAAAAAUAAAAAAAGAAAUUGACUCAAUACACGAAAGCUAUAACGAAUUAAGCCGAUCAAUGGAAAAACAAAAGGUGAGAUCUUCGUCUCUGCAGAAUUUAUUUAUUGAAAAAGAUGAGCUUAAGUCGCCAAGGAAUCUUACACUUGAUCAUAAAAUCAAAAAAAAGUUCUUUGGGGAAGUAAAAAAUAAAAUUUCAUCAAAUAACGCCAGAGGGUCUCAAAAAAUCAUAUUAAUCCCAAGAAUAAGGCAUAGAAAGCCACGAAAUGUUAUUAGUUUUUUAGCUGAUAGCUUAGCGAUAUCACCUGCAAGUUUAUCCUCGAAACAGUCAAGAUCAGCCUUAUCAACUGCUCCAGCUGGAAAAAGAUACGAAAAUAAAUUGUAA